CCAACUAAUGUAGUUUACCCAGACCCAUCAAAACCAAAGCAGAAAGUCUCCAUAAGAAAACUUGGAACAAAACCAGUUCAAAGAUGGGUUCCUCCUCAAGUAGACAUGGAAGAAACCACCCCCAGAACAACCAUCUCCACCACCGUCAAAACCAACCAGACCAUUCCCUGCCUUCCUCCACAACCACCCCAAUUCAACAACCCUCUUUCUCCACCAACAAUACUAAUAACCUUCCCUCGCAAAGCAGUUCGAUACCAUCUAGUAAUAAUUUUUAUACAAAUACUAUACAGCCAUCAUCAUCAUCACCAUCACCGCGACUACAAGGGCCACAAAGUUAUUAUUUUGCAGCAAAUGCACCAUAUACUACUCCUCCUAUGAUUCCCACAACUUCUGCUUACGAUUCUUUUAGUUACCAUCACCAUCCUCCUCCUCCUCCCCAGCCUCCUCUUCCUUUCAACAAUAAUGGGUGGGCCCCGUAUAAUUAUCAUCAACCUGGUUUCAUGGGCCCACAAAUACCACCACCACAGGUGAAGCCUCAUAAUUCAGGACUUGUGCAGCAGCCACGUUAUGUUGACCAUAAUCACGCAAAGACAAUCAAGAAUGUUGUGAAUGUGAACAAGGCUAGUAUUAAAGUUGUUGCUGAUGAGAAUAAUUUGGAUUGUCACUUGGUUUCCUUCACUUUUGAUGCUGUUGUUGAUGGCAGCAUCACCAUAUUUUAUUUUGGAAAGGAAGGACACAAUUGUACAUUUAUGCCAGUAUACCCUGAAAUCUAUAUGCCAAGGAAAAUCCCCUUUGAGAAAGGAGUGGGUAAAAAAUUCUCUCAGCCGUCAGGAACUGGCAUUGACCUUGGAUUUUUUGAGUUGGAUCAGCUAUCGAAGCCCUCACCCGAGGAAGAUAUUUUCCCGCUUGUUAUCUUUGCUGAAGCAAGCUCACCCUCUCUCUCUACUUCUACGAGCCAAGAGCCCGACAAGCCUCUGCCUACCAUGUCUACUCAUACACAAAUAACUGAAGCUGUCUUGGAGAAAAAAAACGAAGGCCAUUUUCAAGUAAAAGUAGUCAAGCAAAUCUUAUGGAUUGAUGGGAUUCGUUAUGAGUUGCGAGAGAUCUAUGGCAUUGCCAAUUCCGACAGUGCAGGCUUUGAUGGGAUUGAUUCAGGAACAGAAUGUGUUAUUUGCAUGAGUGAGCCAAAGGAUACAGCCGUUUUACCUUGUCGACAUAUGUGCUUGUGCAGCGGAUGUGCGAAGGAGUUGAUGUCUCGAUCAGAUACGUGUCCUAUAUGUCGCCAACCCAUCCAGGAACUUAUGGAGAUCAAGGUUAACAAUUGUGGGAGUUCUUCUUAACCAUUUCAGUUCAUGCAAGAUUUCCAGAGUGGCUAUUUCCUAUCAUUGUUCUCUAUUUAUUUGUCUAAAUGAAAUCUUACCCUUGUCUUUUUUUGCAUAGCAAUAUUCCUUUUGACCUGUACUCUUUCCUGUUUCUUUAUAGCUCAUCCUGAGUAAAUAACCACCACACCAUUGAAUGAGGAUUGCUGAAAAUGUUUAUGAAGAAUUGAAGCACUGAUUUUGUACACUAGAGCUGCCUUAGGGUUUGUGAGAUGGCAAUUUUCUUUAUACAAUGAAAGGUUGAUAUACUUUUUUUCCUUUUUCUGUAUAAAUUUGAUACAUUUUUAAUAAAGAAACGAGCAUUGUCAAA